AAAUGCAAGUGUUCCAAGGGUUUCUAUGACGACAAGUUUGGCAUCUGUGUGGAUUUGAUCAAAUCGAGCGUGAAGUGCGAGGAGACCCGCCAGUGCACGUUUAACUCCAGCUGUUCUAUGGACACCGACACUUGUGAGUGCAUCUAUGGAUUCUAUACCAACACCAACUUUGAAUGCGAUGAGUUGAAGAAGGUUGGGGACCCUUGUAAUGGGACUGAGCAAUGCACAUUCAAUUCUCAGUGUGGAGCCAACAGUCAGGGACAGACUGUGUGCAUGUGUGACAAGGAAUACUAUGAUUUUAACGGCCAGUGCAUCAGUCUGAUCCCAGGUUCACAGCCUUGUAAUGAGAGCAGGCAGUGCACCCACAAUGCAUCAUGUGACCCAGGUUUAAGACGUUGCAAGUGCGGAGUGGGUUUCUACGAGAACGAUUCGGGCGGGUGCGUUGAGCUGAUCAUAGCGGGCGUGUUGUGUAACAGCACAAGCCAGUGUGUGGAGUUUGCCAACUGUGAGGGUGAGCCAGCCACUUGUGAAUGCAUUGAUGGCUACUUCAGUCAGUUAGGCCACUGCACAAACUUAGUCAAGAUUGGUCAGGCGUGCAAUGAAACCAGACAGUGCGUGGCCAAUUCUGACUGCCUCGGCAACCUGAAGGGAGACAAGGUCUGCCAGUGUCGUGGUGAUUUCUACGAUGAUCUUGGAGUAUGCCACGAGAAAAUUGACGCCGCCGGCAACUGCACGGAAUCCAGGCAGUGCACCAACAACUCUGUUUGCUCAAACAACACACGGAUCUGUGAGUGUUUAGGGGAUUUCUACAAUGAAACAGGUUCUUGUUUGCCACGUGCACCCGUCGAUGAAAGAUGCUCCCAGAGCUACCAGUGCACUCAGUUUGCCAACUGCACGGGCAAGGGUGUCUGUGAAUGCCAUGCCAAAUACUACAACUCCAGCGGCGCAUGCAAGGAACGUGUGGGAGCUGAGAAAACAAUAUGUGAAACGAGCCACAUGUGUGUUGAGAAUGCUGCAUGCGACACAGCAACAGGCACAUGUAAAUGCCUGCCAGAUUUUUAUGAUGACGCAGGUUUGUGCUUUAAACGGAUCGAGGCCAGCCUGAACUGUAACCAGACAAACCAGUGCACACUGAACUCAACCUGUAACAGUUUGGGUGUCUGUGAAUGUGACAACAGUUUUUAUAACGACACUGGUCACUGUGUUGAGAGGAUCCAGACAGACCAGCCAUGUGGGACAAAGCAUCAGUGCACACAUUCCAGUGAUUGUGAUGGUGUGUUGCAAGUGUGCAAAUGUUUUCCUGAGUACUACAACACAUCUGGAGCGUGCAUCAAGCGGGUGGAAGCUGAAGACACCUGUGGUCAGACCCACGAAUGCACACAUUUUGCAAACUGCGAGCCUCCUGGCAAAUGCAAAUGCCUGCUCAACUACUUCAACAGUUCUGGCGUGUGCCUUGAACGCACUCCUGUGCAGCAAAGCUGCAACACAACCCACCAGUGCACGCGCUUCUCCAACUGCUCCAAAGAAGGUGUGUGCGAAUGCCUUCCGGAUUAUUUCAAUUCAUCAUUAGUCUGUGAGCCCAGAAUCCCCGUCGAUGUCACUUGCAGCAGCACACACCAAUGCACCAACAAUGCUGUGUGUGAUCCACUUACCAAGACCUGCCAGUGUGUACCCAGUUUUUAUCACGAGAAAGGCCUUUGCCUGCCGAGACAGGAGGCUGAAGAAAAGUGCAGUGCCACCUACGAGUGUGCCCUCAAUUCAACAUGCACCAAAGGAGUCUGCAAGUGUGACAACCAGUUUUACAAU